AUGUUGGAGGAUGAAUCCGCUCUCGCCCCGGUGCCUUCCAUCGGCAAUGCUGGCCCAUCUUCAGAGACGUUGCUAGCAUUUGAUCCCAAAGACCUACAAGAAUAUUUGGAGCAGUUGUUGCCUUUGGUGCUAGGCGCAGACUUAUCAGAUCUACAAAACAGCAUCUUUGCAUAUCCGGAUACCAUUGAAAAGUUCAAGAGAUUUGCAUCCGAUGCACAAAGCCAAGUUCUCUUUGUACUCAAGGAACGAGAAGGUGGCAAGGAUGAAGAUGAAGCUACACCGAUCACCUAUUCGUAUUCCCUUUCACAAGAGAUCACGUACUUGCCUACCCACGUUGGUUCUCUUGCUAUCAUCAAACGAUCAGCUACUUUGGAUCCAUCACGUCCUUUACAAGCUCAACUUCAGCUUAUCAACUUGCCUGGUGCACCUAAUGCAAGUGAGCCUGGUCAAGCUAGUGCCUAUGAAUUUCUACACUCGUACAUCCAUCUCGCCGUCAGUCCUUAUUUCAAUGCAUACGUUAAUGCAAGACAUGGUACUGUGGGAGCUGAAAGCAGCAAGAGCAAGAAUGAGGACAACAAGAUGGGUGUUCCCAUGGCCAAGAAGAAGAUGGCUGAACUUGAACUCAGCUUGCUUCACCUGCAGCAAAAUGUUGAAAUCCCUGAUAUCUCUCUCAACAUUCAUCCCGUGGUCCAAAAAGCCGUCGACAAGUGCCGUGAACAAAGCAAGCGCGUCACCGUGGAUGCUAUCGAUGCCAGCUUAUUUUCGGAUUCAGCAUUCUUGAACAAGUUGCAAGGAGAUGUCAAUGGUUGGAUCAAGGAGAUUCAAAAGGUCACCAACAUGUCUCGUGAUCCCGCAAACGGCACAGCUAUUCAAGAAAUCAACUUUUGGUUGAGCAUGGAGCGUGCACUUGAAAAGAUCAAUGAGCAACUCAAGAGUGAUCAAAUCACAUUGACUUUGGAUAUCUUGAAGCAUGCCAAACGUUUCCAUGCCACUGUCAGUUUCAUUGCUGAUACCGGUCUCAAGGAGCAAAUGGAAUUAGUCCACAAGUACAACCAGCUGAUGAAAGACUUCCCUCUCAAUGAGCUGCUCUCGGCCACUGAUGUUGAAAAGAUCCGUGAAUCAUUGUUCCUCAUUUUCGCUCACUUGAACAAGAAGCUUAAGCUUUCACCCUAUCCUAUUCGUCGUGCAUUGCCACUUGUCGAAGCCAUUUCUCGUGAUUUGAAUGACCAACUUCUCAAGGUCCUUGGAAGUCGUCGUCUCAUGUACAUGGAAUAUGAUGAUUUUGAAAAGACAACUGCUGGUGCUGAGGCUGUAUUCCAGACAUGGGAUGAUCUUAUCAAGGAGUUCACCAAUGUUGCUCGUGAUGUCACCCGAAAGCGUUCUGAAAAGUUCAUGCCGAUCAAGAUCAAUGCAGCUCAUGCCAAGCUUCAGGAACGAGUCACCUUUGUUCGUGCUUUUAGAAAGCAACAUGAGCAACUUCAUCAAACGAUUGUGCGUGUCAUGACCAGUCCUCGUGCCAAAAAGUCCACUGUUGUCGUUGAUGGCCAAGUCAACAGCGUCAUGGAAGAAGAGGAAAGCAUUAGCAUCAGUGAUAUCAACGCUGUGGAGGAAGUUAAGCUUGCCUAUGAAAGUGUCAAGAACAUUGAUGUGCUUGAUGUUACUCCUGAGGGAACUGAGAUCUGGGUGCAAGCUGAGAACGCAUACAAUGAUCGUGUGUCGCGUGUAGAGAACCAAAUCAUUGCCCGUUUGAGAGAUCGUCUUGGUACUGCCAAGAGCGCCAAUGAGAUGUUUCGUGUAUUCUCAAAGUUCAAUGCAUUGUUCGUUCGCCCCAAGAUUCGUGGUGCUAUCCAAGAAUAUCAGACGCAGUUGAUUGAUAGCGUUAAGGAAGAUAUCAAUAAGCUUCACGACAAGUUCAAGAUGCAAUAUCGUAAUUCCGAAGCGUACAUGAUGGCUCAAUUACGUGACCUUCCUCCUAUUUCCGGUGCCAUUGUAUGGGCUCGACAAAUCGAACGACAACUCACCUUGUAUAUGAAGCGAGUGGAAGAUGUCCUCGGCAAAGGAUGGGAGUUGUAUGCUGAAGGUCAAAAGCUUCAAUAUGAGAGCAACAGCUUCCGAAAGAAAUUGGAUACCAGACUCAUCUACGACAACUGGUUACAAGAAAUCACCAAACGUGACCUUUCAGUAUCAGGACGCAUUUUCGAGAUCUCACGCAACCGAGUACAAAACUCUCUUCAGCUUGGUGUCAACUUUGAUGGUCAAAUUAUUACACUCUUCAAAGAAGUCCGCAACCUCCUCUGGCUCAACUAUCCCGUGCCACAUACCAUUUCAAACGUCGCCAAAGAUGCCAAGCGUGUUUACCCAUUUGCUGUCAGCCUUAUGGAAGCUGUACGUACCUUUUCUCAAACCGUCCAUAAGGUCAACAGAAACCCUGAUAUCAGUACGCUUGUCGCUGGAUACCGUAACGAGGUGCAUGUGAUGAUUACCAAAGGUAUCAACUUGCGAUGGGACUACUUUGUCAACACCUAUGAUGGUCAUCACCGACCUCUUUCUUAUAUCACCGGCAGCCCAUUGGAUACUCGUGAGAACCGCCACGUCAACUUUGUACGCGAGUUUGCGAAUGUCGUUUCAGUUUUCCAAGACAAGGUUGACGCUCUCAUUGGAUACUAUGAUGAUAUCAACAAGAGUAUCGAGGAAAUGAAGGGAUGUCCUUAUCAAGUCGAACGCUUCGAGGAUGCUCUUGGUAGAAUCCAAAAGCUGAUUGAUAGACUUAAUUUGGAAAACUACUCCAAUCUCGAUCAAUGGGUUGCUGGUUUGGACAAGCGCAUUGAGAGCGUAUUGAUCAGUCGUUUGCAACAAGCCAUCAAGGCAUGGUCCAACAGCUUCAAGGGCAUUGAUGAAGAAGCUAUCAUUCCUGAAGUCAGCAUUUCAAAGAGCCGCCGUAAGCGUAAGGCGAAUGCACGUGAAGUGGCCGUUGUGGAAGAAAAGAUUGCAGCUGUCCAAAAGUCACCUGAUGUGAAGCCUGCUUUGCAAACGCUUGUGCAUGAAAUUCGUAUCAGAAAUCAGCUCAUGUAUCUCGACCCACCUAUUGAACAUGCUCGUGGUAGCUGGUGGUCUCAAUUGCAUGAUUGGCUUUCCACCAUUUGUCAUUUGCCUCGUAUCCAAAGCUCGCGAUAUGAAGGUGGUUUGAGUGUGAAGGACAAUCCCAGUGUUGAAAAGUCGUACUCCAGCCUCCUUACGCGUUUGGGUGAUGGCUCGCUCGAAUCGGCUUACCAAAUCAUUGAGGACAAGAUCAAUCAAGUAUCCGAGUAUGUCAACAUUUGGUUACAAUAUCAAUCCUUGUGGGAUCUCGAAUCCAAUCAUGUGUUCAAUAUUCUUGGUGAUGACUUGUCAAAGUGGCAACAAAUCUUGUUGGAAAUCAAAAAGGCACGCAGCACAUUCGACAAUUCUGAAACCGAACAACCGUUUGGUCCUUUGGUGGUCGAUUAUGAACAAGUCCAGAGCAAGGUCAACCAAAAGUACGAUCAAUGGCAACGUGAGAUCCUCAACAAGUUUGGCAGCAUGCUUGGUACAGCCAUGAAAGACUUCCAUGUAUCAGUCUCCAAGGCACGCUAUGAGCUUGAACAGCAAUCGAUUGAGAGCAAUUCUACCGGUGAAGCCGUUACGUUUAUCACCUUUGUGCAAGAUCUUAAGCGUAAGGUUGCCAAGUGGACUCAGGAUGUCGAGCUCUUCCGACAAGGUCAAAAGACUUUGGAGCGCCAACGAUUCCAAUUCCCUAACGACUGGGUAUACGUUGAUCAAGUGGAUGGUGAAUGGAGUGCAUUCAAUGAAAUUCUCAGCCGCAAGAACAAUGCUAUCCAAGAGCAAAUUGCUGGUUUGCAAAUGAAGAUUGUCGCUGAGGACAAGGUCGUUGAACAAAAGAUUCGUGACAUUUGCGCCGAGUGGGAAAAGAGCAAGCCUGUGCAAGGAGACAUCAAACCGGAUAUUGCUACCAACACACUUAGCAUCUUUGAAGGUCGUGUCACACGAUUGAAGGAGGAAUAUGACAUGGUUUGCCGUGCCAAGGAAGCUCUUGAUCUUGAGCAAACAUCUGAAGCUCGUCUUGAGCCAGUGUUGGAGGAAUUGCGCGAUCUCAAAUCGGUUUGGACAGCUUUGGCCAAUGUGUGGAAUGCUUUGGGUGAAAUUCGUGAGACAACUUGGUCCUCUGUUGUACCUCGAAAGAUCCGUCAACAUGUUGACGAGCUUGUUAACUCCACCAAGGAGAUGCCCAACCGCAUGCGUCAAUAUGCUGCCUAUGAAUACGUACAAGAUGUGCUUCGUCAACUCUUGCGUGUCAAUCCUCUUGUCGCUGAUCUCAAAUCCGAAGCUCUACGUGAGCGUCACUGGCGCCAAAUCUUUAAGGCUCUCAAGGUGGAAGGUCGCUUUACCCUUGCUGAAAUGACUAUUGGUCACUUGUGGGACUUGGAUCUCAAACGCAACGAGCAACUACUCCGCGAUGUCAUUUUGCAAGCACAAGGUGAAAUGGCACUUGAAGAAUUCUUGAAACAAGUCAAGGAAACUUGGGCCAACUAUGUUCUCGACCUCGUCAACUAUCAAAACCGAUGCCGUUUGAUUCGUGGAUGGGAUGAUUUAUUCAACAAGUCGAGUGAGCAUAUCAACUCUUUGGCUGCUAUGAAAUUAUCUCCCUACUACAAGGUGUUUGAAGAAGAUGCCUCUUCUUGGGAAGACAAGUUGAAUCGUGUGCACGUGCUUUUCGAUGUAUGGAUCGAUGUACAGCGUCAAUGGGUUUACUUGGAAGGCAUUUUCAGCGGCAGCGUUGACAUUAAGCAUUUGUUGCCAGUGGAGACAUCCCGCUUCCAAAGCAUCAAUACUGAAUUCUUGACGGUGAUGAAGAAGGUGUACAAGUCGCCUUUUGUUCUUGACGUGCUCAACAUCCCCAAUAUCCAAAAGUCAUUGGAACGCCUUGCUGAUCUCUUGAGCAAGAUUCAAAAGGCAUUGGGUGAAUACCUUGAACGUGAGCGUGCUUCCUUCCCUCGUUUCUACUUUGUUGGUGAUGAAGAUUUGUUGGAGAUCAUUGGUAACAGCAAGGACGUAUUGCGUAUCCAGAAGCACUUUAAGAAGAUGUUUGCUGGUAUUGCUACCAUCUUAUUGAACGAAGACAAUACCGAGAUCAUGGGUAUGGCUUCCAAGGAAGGAGAAGAAGUGCUGUUCAAGACCCCCGUUUCGAUCAAGGACAAUCCCAAAAUCAACGAUUGGCUUACGUUGCUUGAAAAGGAGAUGCGUGUAUCUCUUGCCAUGCUUUUGACGGAUGCCGUGAAUGAACUUGAGACCAUUUACAACGCCGAUGAGAUGAACUCUGAAGAGUUUAUGAGUUGGGUCGAUCGCUAUCCUGCUCAGCUUGUGGUGCUUGCUGCUCAAACCAUUUGGACGCACUCUGUGGAUAAGGCCCUGAACACCAUGUCCGAAUCUGCCAAUGAUGAUACUGAGCCAUUGCAAAGUGCCAUUUCACUUGUGGAACGCAAUUUGAACGUGUUGGCUGAUGCUGUGUUACUUGACUUGUCAAUCAUCAAGCGGCGUAAAUGUGAGCAUCUUGUCACCGAGCUCGUGCAUCAACGUGAUGUGAGUCGACAGCUACUUGCCAACAAUGUUCGAUCACCCAAAGACUUUGAUUGGCUGUACCAGAUGCGUUAUUACUUUAAUGGCACUAUCGAAGAUCCCAUCCAUCGUUUGUCUAUCAACAUGGCCAAUGCUCAAUUCUAUUAUGGCUAUGAAUACCUUGGUGUGGUGGAUCGCCUUGUACAAACCCCAUUGACGGAUCGUUGUUAUUUGACAUUGACUCAAGCAUUGGAACAACGUCUUGGUGGCUCUCCAUUUGGUCCUGCAGGUACCGGCAAAACCGAAUCCGUCAAAGCUCUUGGUGUACAACUUGGUCGCUUUGUCCUCGUUUUCUGUUGUGAUGAAACAUUUGAUUUCCAAGCUAUGGGUCGUAUCUUUAUUGGUUUGUGUCAAGUGGGCGCAUGGGGCUGCUUUGACGAAUUCAAUCGUUUGGAGGAACGUAUCUUGUCAGCUGUCUCUCAACAAGUGCAAACCAUCCAAUUGGGUCUUAAGGAAUCAACCACCAAUCCCAAUCACGAGAUCGAGCUUGUGGGUCGCAACGUGAAGGUCAACACUGACACGGGUAUCUUCAUCACUAUGAACCCUGGUUACGCUGGUCGAUCCAACUUGCCCGACAACUUGAAGAAGCUCUUCCGUAGCAUUGCUAUGACCAAGCCUGAUCGUGAACUUAUUGCUCAAGUCAUGCUUUAUUCACAAGGUUUCCGUACAGCUGAAACCCUUGCCUCCAAGGUUGUGCCUUUGUUCAAUUUGUGCGCUGAACAACUCUCGCCUCAAUCCCAUUACGAUUUCGGUCUACGUGCUCUCAAGAGUGUGCUUGUCAGUGCUGGUAAUCUCAAACGUGAUCGCUUGGCUUCUUUGCGCAAGGCUAUUGAUGAAGGCAAGGAGGACCAAUCUGAAUAUGCAAACAUCUCCGAAACGGUGCCUGAACAACAAUUGCUCAUCUCAAGUAUUCGAGAGACCAUGGUACCCAAGCUUGUGGCCGAUGAUAUUCCAUUGUUGACAAGCUUGUUGGCUGAUGUGUUCCCUGGCGUGGAAUAUGCACCUGUUGAUUUGGAUCGCCUCAAGCAAGAGCUUAAGAAGGUGUGCGAAGAACGUCGUCUUGUGCCUGGUGAUGCUUGGAUGGAGAAGGUGAUCCAGCUUUAUCAAAUUCAAAAUAUCCACCAUGGUUUGAUGAUGGUUGGUCCUUCUGGUUCUGGUAAAUCUACCGCAUGGAAGACAUUGCUCACUGCCUUGGAGCGUGUGGAGGGCGUCGAAGGCAUUGCCUACACCAUUGAUCCCAAGGCCAUUCCAAAGGAUGCUCUUUAUGGUACAUUGGAUGCCACGACUCGCGAAUGGACCGAUGGUUUGUUUACCCACAUUUUGCGCAAGAUCGUCGACAAUGUGCGUGGUGAAAGCCAAAAGAGACAUUGGAUCAUCUUUGAUGGUGACGUUGAUCCCGAAUGGGUUGAGAACUUGAAUUCAGUAUUGGAUGAUAAUCGCUUGUUGACUCUGCCAAAUGGUGAACGUCUCAAUUUGCCACCCAAUGUCCGCAUCAUGUUUGAAGUCGAGACCUUGAAAUACGCUACCCUUGCUACCGUCUCUCGUUGUGGUAUGGUUUGGUUCAGUGAGGAUGUCAUCACCCUUCCCAUGAUCUUCAGCAACUAUCUUGAAACGCUUCGCAACGUGCCCAUGGAUGAAAUUGAAGAAGAAGGACCUACUUCACGUCGCAUGACUGAAACAGACGAGGUUGCCUCUGUAUCACCCAACUUGGCUACUCAGCGUUCAAUUGCCACCAUUAUGGCUGCCGAUCUAUCAGAUGAAGAUGGCCUUGUUGCCAAGUGUUUGAAUUAUGCUGCAACCCUUGAGCACAUUAUGGACUUCACUCGCAUGCGUGUUUUGUCGACAUUCUUCUCUUUGCUCAACAAGACGGUGCGCAACGUGCUUGAAUACAAUAGCCAGCAUCCAGAUUUCCCUAUGGGCGGUGACCACCUUGAAGGAUACAUCACCAAACGUAUCAUUUACUCGAUCAUUUGGAGUUUCUCGGGUGAUGCCAAACUUGAUUUGCGUGCAGUGCUUGGCGACUUUGUUCGUGGUGUUACCACCUAUGAACUUCCUCCAUUGGGCAAUGAUACUACCAUCAUCGAUUAUGAUAUUGCUGUGAGCAGUGGUCAAUGGGUGCCAUGGGAAUCGAAGGUGCCUGUUGUUGAAAUUGAGACCCACAAGGUUUCCGAAGCUGAUAUCAUUAUUCCUACGGUGGACACGAUUCGUCAUGAGGAGGUGUUGUAUUCAUGGUUAUCAGAACACAAGCCAUUGAUUCUUUGUGGUCCCCCUGGUUCCGGUAAGACAAUGACUCUCUUCAGCGCUCUUCGUAAGCUGCCUGAUAUGGAGGUUGUUGGUCUUAACUUUUCGAGUGCCACCACGCCUGAUCUCAUUCUCAAGACUUUUGAACAACACUGCGAGUACCGCAAGACGCCUAACGGUGUUAUUUUGUCACCCACUAUGAUUGGUCGUUGGCUCGUUGUCUUUUGUGAUGAAAUCAAUUUGCCUGCCACUGACAAGUACAACACCCAACGAGUCAUUUCAUUCUUGCGUCAACUGGUCGAAUACAAUGGCUUUUGGCGUACCACUGAUAAGGCUUGGGUCACUUUGGAGCGUAUUCAAUUCGUUGGUGCCUGUAAUCCUCCCACUGAUCCUGGUCGUGUGCCUCUGUCUCAUCGUUUCUUACGUCAUGCACCUUUGGUCAUGGUGGACUAUGCUGGUCAAACGUCGCUUAUUCAGAUUUAUGGUACAUUCACACGUGCUAUGCUUAAGGUGGUGCCCAAUCUCCGGGGUUAUUCAGAACCACUUACAGCUGCCAUGGUCGAACUUUAUUUGGCAUCUCAGCGACGCUUUACUCCUGAUAUCCAAGCACAUUACAUUUACUCGCCUCGUGAAUUGACAAGAUGGAUUCGUGGUAUCUUUGAAGCCAUUAAGCCAUUGGAGACUUUGACAGUGGAAGGCUUGGUGCGUAUUUGGGCUCAUGAAGCAUUGCGCUUGUUCCAAGACCGUUUGGUGGAUGAAGAAGAACGACGAUGGACCGAUGAAAUGAUCGAUUCGAUUGCCCAAAAGCACUUCCCUGCUAUCAAUCAAGAAGAAGCUUUGGAGCGACCUAUUCUCUUCUCCAACUGGUUAUCCAAGAACUAUAUCCCUGUGGAUCGUGAAACAUUACGUGACUUUGCAAAGGCUCGUCUUAAGGUGUUCUACGAAGAAGAGCUUGAUGUACCACUUGUAUUGUUCAAUGAUGUCCUUGAACACGUCUUGCGUAUUGAUCGUGUCUUCCGUCAACCUCAAGGCCAUUUGUUGCUUAUUGGUGUCAGUGGUUCAGGCAAGACUACCUUGUCUCGAUUUGUUGCUUGGAUGAAUGGCUUGAGUGUGUUCCAAAUCAAGGUGCACAACAAGUACACUGGUGCUGAUUUCGAUGAUGAUUUGCGAUCCGUGCUUCGACGUGCAGGCUGCAAAGGUGAAAAGAUUUGCUUUAUCAUGGAUGAAUCCAAUGUGCUCGAUUCCGGUUUCCUUGAACGCAUGAAUACAUUGCUUGCCAAUGCUGAAGUCCCUGGCUUGUUCGAAGGCGAUGAAUAUGCAUCCUUGAUGACAGCUUGUAAGGAAGGUGCUCAACGUGAAGGUCUCAUGCUCGAUUCGGGUGAAGAAUUGUACAAGUGGUUCAACCAGCAAGUCGCUCGUAACCUUCACGUCGUCUUCACAAUGAAUCCACCUGAAGGCGGUCUUGCAUCACGUGCCGCUACCUCGCCUGCUUUGUUCAAUCGUUGUGUGCUGGAUUGGUUUGGUGAUUGGCCCGAUCAAGCCUUUUAUCAAGUGGGUAUGGAAUUCACAAAGACACUCGAUCUCGAUGUUCCUGUAUACAAUGCACCUAUCAACAUUCCUAUCGCCUACCGCAACUUGCCGAUCCCACCAUCUCAUCGUGAAGUGGUUGUCAAUGCUCUUGUCUUUGUUCAUCAAUCGCUUUAUGAAAUCAAUGCUAAACUCAGCAAGCGUCAAGGCCGCCAUAAUUAUGCUACACCUCGUCACUUUUUGGAUUUCAUCUCGCACUAUGUUCGAUUGUACAAUGAGAAGCGUGAGGAUCUUGAAGAACAACAACGCCAUUUGAACGUUGGUCUUGAGAAGCUCAAGGAUACUGUCGUCAAGGUCGAGGAAUUGCGUAAGAGUUUGGCUAUCAAGAAGAACCAAUUGGAGACCAAGAACGCUCAAGCCAAUGAAAAGAUCAAUCAAAUGUUGGCUGAUGAAAAGGAAGCUGAGCAAAAGAAGGCUGAUUCGAUCCAAAUUUCAGAAGCUCUUGAAGUCCAAAACAAGGUUAUUCAAGAACGUCGUACCAUUGUGUUGAAUGAUCUUGCCAAUGCAGAGCCUGCCGUGUUGGAAGCCCAAAAGAGUGUCAGCAACAUUAAGCGUCAACAUCUUACCGAAGUGCGUGCUAUGGGUAAUCCUCCUGAAGCUGUCAAGUUGUCUAUGGAAGCUGUAUGCACCAUGCUCGGCCACAAGAUCGAAAGCUGGAAGACCGUUCAAAGUAUCAUUCGUCGUGAUGACUUUAUUGCCAGCAUUGUCAACUACAAGACUGAAACUCAAAUGACCAAGCAGCUUCGUGAAUACAUGCGACGCAAUUAUCUCAACAAUCCCUCGUUCGAAUAUGAUGCUGUCAACCGUGCUUCUAAGGCUUGUGGUCCUUUGGUCAAGUGGGUCUGUGCUCAAGUGCAAUACUCUGAUAUCCUCGAUCGUGUUGGCCCAUUGCGUGAAGAGGUUACUCGUUUGGAGCAAAGUGCGGAGGAUACCAAGAAGAAGGCUUCUGAUAUUGAGCAAAUGAUUGUGGAUCUUGAAGCAAGUAUUGGACGUUACAAGGAAGAGUACGCUGCACUUGUGGGUGAAACACAGCUCAUCAAGGCUGAAAUGGAUCGUGUCAAGUCCAAGGUGGAUCGUAGUGUUACCUUGCUCAGCAGCUUAUCCUCUGAAAAGGUCCGUUGGGAAGCAGCAAGCCAAGCAUUCGAGAGCCAAAUGGGUACCAUCGUUGGUGAUGUGUUAUUGUCAGCAGCCUUCUUGGCUUAUGGUGGUUACUUUGAUCAACAAUAUCGUGAACUAUUGAUUGCCAAAUGGACCGAUCACUUGGUUGCAGCCAGCAUCCAAUUCAAGCAAGACAUGGCCUUGACCGAGUACUUGUCUAGUGCGGAUGAUCGCCUCUCAUGGCAAGAAAACUCGCUUCCUGCAGAUGACCUAUGUAUCGAGAACGCCAUCAUGUUGAAGCGCUUUGAUCGUUACCCACUCAUCAUUGAUCCUUCGGGACAAGCAACCAACUUUUUGGUCAACGAAUACAAGGAUCGCAAGAUUACUGUUACCAGCUUUUUGGAUGACUCGUUUAUCAAGAACCUUGAAAGUGCUCUACGUUUCGGCAACCCUAUCUUGAUUCAAGAUGUGGAACACCUCGAUCCAAUUUUGAAUCCUGUGCUCAACAAGGAAUUGCGUCGCACUGGUGGUCGUGUAUUGAUUCGACUCGGCAGCCAAGAUAUCGACUUUUCACCCACAUUCACGCUCUUCCUCUCGACACGUGAUCCUUCAGUCAACUUUGCACCCGAUAUUUGCUCUCGUGUCACCUUUGUCAACUUUACUGUUACUCGUGGUAGUUUGCAAAGUCAAUGUUUGAACAAGGUGCUCAAGGCUGAACGACCCGAUGUUGAUCAGCGUCGUACGGAUUUGAUCAAGCUGCAAGGUGAAUUCCAGCUCAAAUUGCGUCAUCUCGAAAAGUCAUUGUUGCAGGCAUUGAAUGAAUCCAAGGGCAACAUCCUUGAUGAUGAUCAUGUGAUUGAAACAUUGGAGACUCUCAAGAAGGAAGCAGCUGAAGUUACACGCAAGGUGGAUGAGACCAACACUGUUAUGCAAGAAGUGGAACAAACGACUGCCGUGUAUACACCAUUGGCUCAUGCAUGCAGCUCCAUCUUUUUCGUUAUCGAGCAACUCAACUUGAUUCAUCACUUUUAUCAAUUCUCGCUCGACUUUUUCUAUGAGAUCUUUGAAUACGUAUUGCAUGACAACCCCAACCUCAAGUCCAUCACGGAUCCCACGGAGCGUCUCAACAUCUUAUCGCGUGAUCUAUUCUCGGUGACUUACAAGCGUGCUACUCGCACCCUUUUGCAUGAGGAUCAUAUUACUUUGGCUGUGCUCAUGUGCCAAAUUCAAAUGCGGGGUGCUCAACAUGGCGUCGAUGAAGCCGAAUACGACUUUUUGCUCAGCGGCGGUGAUAUUGUACCUGGAUCAACAAUCACAGCAGCAAGUCUUGGUCUUCCCACUUUCCUCAAUGAUGAGACAGCUCAACGUGCAAAGGAAUUCAUGGCAUUACCAUGCUUCAAGGGCUUGUGUGAACACAUUCAACAAAACGAAAGUGAUUGGCAACAAUUCAUUGAACAAGGUCAAGCUGAGAAUAUCGUACCAACCUGUUGGGAUGAUGCUGGUCGAAAUUCUGUUGUGGAUGCUCUUCGUCGUAUGUUGCUUAUCAAAUGCUUCCGCCCAGAUCGUUUGUUGCCCGCAGCUACCAUGUUUGCCACAGAGAUCUUUGGAGCCGAGUUCACCAAUUCGGAAGAAUUACACUUGCAACAAAUCGUCAAGGAAGAGGUUGGCAGCAGCACACCACUUGCACUUUGCUCUGUACCAGGCUAUGAUGCCAGUUAUCGUGUUGACAAUCUUGUCGCUGAAACCAACAUGCGUUGUACCUCCGUUGCUAUGGGCUCUGCUGAAGGUUUUACACUUGCGGAUCAAGCCAUUUCUACUGCUAUCAAGACCGGCAAUUGGGUUAUGCUCAAGAACGUGCACUUGGCGCCAUCAUGGCUUGGUCAGCUGGAGAAGAAGUUGCAUAGCAUGAAACCUCAUCCUCAAUUCCGCUUGUUCUUGACUAUGGAAACCAAUCCAAAGGUGCCUGUCAACUUGCUACGCAUGUCUCGUGUGUUGAUGUUUGAGCCACCACCUGGUAUCAAGGCCAACUUGCAAGAAUCGCUCCGUAGCAUUCCUCCUUCGCGUCUUUCUCGAGGACCAACAGAACGAGUACGUCUUUAUUUCAUGCUUGCAUGGCUACAUGCUGUGGUGCAAGAACGUUUGCGAUACGUUCCAUUGGGUUGGACCAAGGUGUAUGAAUUCAACGAUUCGGAUCAAGACUCUGCAUUCAAUACCAUUGACAAGUGGCUUGAUGGAGCUGCUGGUGGCCGUGCCAAUAUCUCCCCUGAAAAGAUUCCAUGGGAUGCCAUCCGUUCACUUCUCAAGCAAUCGAUUUAUGGUGGCCGCAUUGAUAACGAAUAUGAUCAACGUCUUUUGGAUUCAUUUGUCAACACCUUAUUCACACAACAUUGUUAUGACUUGGACUUUGAGAUCGUCAAGAGCACGGGUGAUAAUGAAAAAUCGGUUGUUGUGCCUGAUGGUACCAAGAUGGAACAAUUCAUGGAAUGGGUCAACAAGCUUCCCGAACGAGAACCUCCUACAUGGCUUGGUCUACCAGCUAAUGCCGAGCGUGUCUUGCUUACUCUUAAGGGUAACACUAUGCUUUCGAAGGUGCGCAAGAUGAAGAGUACAAGCGAUGAUGACGAGGUGGCAUAUACCGAUAACGACACGGCAGCCCAACAAUCCGGCACAAGUCAACAACCAGCAUGGAUGAGAGCUUUGAGCCAAUCGAUCACUAGCUGGCUUGAACUUUUGCCUACAAAGAUUCCUGGUAUGCAACGUGACAGUGGUGGUAUCAUGGAUCCUCUCUUCCGCUUCUUUGAGCGUGAGAAUCAAUUGGCCAGUCGAUUGCUUCACAUUAUUCGUGAUGAUCUUUCCAAUCUUCAAAAGGUGUGCAGUGGCGAGCUCAAGCAGACUAAUCAUUUGCGUCAAUUGAUGAGCUGGUUGACCAAGGGCUUGAUCCCUGAUCAUUGGCGACGCUACAAGGUUCCGAAGAAUAUCCCUCUUCAUGUUUGGAUUGCCGAUCUCAAUUCACGUCUUGAACAAGUGGCAUCUAUCGCACAAGAAACCAACCUUGAUCAAAUGCAAGUUUGGAUGGGAGGUCUUUUCAGCCCUGAAGCUUAUAUCACGGCAUCACGUCAAGCAACUGCCCAACGUCAUAAGUGGUCACUUGAAGAACUUGUAUUGGAAGUGGAUAUUGGUGCUGAAUGUGAUGGACAACAACCUGGUUAUUACAUUCGUGGCUGGAAGAUGGAAGGUGGUGAAUGGGAUGAGAAUGAAGUUAGACUUACGUCUCAACCUUCUGUCAAAUUACCCCAAAGCCGUAUCAGCUGGAUCAAGCGUGAUAUGCAAACCAAGUCUGACAAGGUAUCAUUGCCAGUGUAUCUCAAUUCGGAUCGUUCGGAUCUUCUCUUUACUAUCAGUGUCCCAGCCAAUGCAGAAGAAAGAGAUCGUAUUCCUCAAAGAGCUGUUGCAGUGGUCAUUUCCUUCUAA